AUGGCGAAGAGUCUCAGAUCCAGUUCCAGGAAAACCAACAACCAGCGGCUGAAGUCCAAUGUCUUCGGUCCCGCUGAGUCGGCGAGGCUGGAACGCCUAUCCGCCAAGUUGAUGGAACUCGCCAGCCAACCGAAGCCUCAGAAGGAUACGGAAAUGAAGGCGGAUGAUCUCGAAUCAAAUGACGGUGACGACUCAAAGCAAGUUGAGGAAGCUACGGAAAUGGACGUCGAUGGUGCCGCGAACAAGGCGGAAGUACGGCGGACAGCCAAGAAGUUGCUGAAGCUCAAGAAGCGGCGCAAGUCCAGCAUUGUGUUCCCCAAGUACGGCGAUAGGAAGGUGAAGGGCAGGAAAUGA